AGGGGGCGGUAGGAAUGAAUGAAGUGAAGCGAGUUUUUCACUGCUGUUCGAGCCAGUGUCAUGAGAACAUUCAUGUAGGAAAACACAGACGUAUUGUUUCAAUGGAAAACCAAGAAAGUGAGAAACAGACGAAUCAUGACCGAGAUGGUUUGUUGCAAAAGGACAUGGACAGAGGUGGAAGCAGCUCGAUGUCCUCAGCCUCUUUUAAUUUCAUAAACUCCAUCAUCGGAUCAGGAAUUAUUGGUUUACCAUACUCCAUGAGUCAGGCAGGUCUCCCAAUGGGCCUUCUGUUGCUCAUUCUGGUUGCCUUCAUCACAGAUUACUCCAUCAUCCUGCUGAUUCGAGGGGGAAAUCUGUCGGGAACUCAGAGUUAUCAGACUCUGGUGCGAAGCACUUUUGGCCUGACGGGAUAUUUGAUUCUAUCUGGUCUGCAGUUCAUGUAUCCAUUCAUUGCCAUGAUCAGCUACAACAUCAUAGCAGGCGACACACUGACCAAAGUGUUUAUGAGAAUCCAAGGAGUUGGACCUGGAGACAUUCUGACAGACAGACAUUUUGUAAUUCUGCUGUCCACUAUUCUAUUCACGACCCCUCUGUCUCUAUAUAGAGAUAUAGCAAAGCUCGGAAAGGUGUCUUUAUUGUCCAUGUUUUUGACCGUUGCGAUCCUCAUCACAGUUAUCGUAAAAGCAGCCACACUAGGACGACAGAUACCUCCGUCAGAUGAUGCGUGGGUGUUUGCUCGCUGGAACGCCAUUCAAGCAGUCGCUGUCAUGUCGUUUGCCUUUAUCUGCCAUCACAACAGCUUCAUGAUCUAUGGGUCACUGCAGCAGCCCACGUUGAGUAACUGGUCUCUGGUCACGCACGUGUCCGUGGGUUCAGCUGUCGUAGUCAGCGUUGUCUUUGCGGUUGCAGGUUAUGCAACUUUUACUGGCUACACGCAAGGUGAUAUAUUUGAGAAUUUCUGCAAGAACGACAACUUGGCCACAUUUGGUCGAUUCUGUUUUGGUGUCAGUAUAGUCACCACGUUCCCUCUGGAGUGCUUUGUCACGCGUGAGGUGGUCUCUAAUAUCUUUUUUAAAGGAGAACUCAGUAAGACUGCCCACGUCGUUGUUACCAUGGUGGUCAUAUCGGCAACGACUGCCAUAUCCCUCUUUUAUGACUGUCUGGGCAUCGUACUAGAACUAAACGGAGUUCUGAGCGCCACACCUCUCAUCUUCAUCUUUCCCUCCGCCUGUUUUCUGAAGCUUUCAAAUGGCCGCUGGUUUCGUGGGGAAAACCUCAUCCCCAGCAUCAUCCUGGUGGCGGGUGUCUGCGUCAUGAUAAUCGGUAUCAUCAUGAUGGCGCUCUUCCCUCAAGACUGUUCACACGGAGCAGAGAUGUUCUACUGCACCGCCUCUAACACCUCUGUUCUCAGCACCACCAGCACUCUCCUUCAGAUUAUAAACGCUUCACAGAAUAUCAGUCUGUUAAUUUGAUUUCUCUUUUUAUAUGAUGUUUGUAAGAUACAUUUGUUAUGGCUUAAAUAAAUUUAUUAAAUAAAUCCUAUCGCUGCUGGCCUUCUGAAACCUCAUGUUUCGUGAUUUGAUUUUUUUUGCCAUAUAUCAUUAUCAUAAGUCACCCUUAUGUUUGUCACUGGGUUUUGCAAAUAUCUAACCAACGAAAAGGAUGAAGUGCUUGUCAACUACUUUUCAUCAUUUAAAAAGAAGUGUUUUUUUUCCACUUCCUGAAAAACAGUGAAUUUGGACAUACAAGGCUUCAGAAGGACAGCGACGAUAUACAAAAUACAAAGUGUUUUUAGAGGCUAGUUUAGUUGUAAAACUUCUGCUCAAGGUAAACGGAAUGCAACUGUAGUGUAACAAGUACGUUUUCAGAAAUACGUUUGUAGAAAUAAUGUAUAAAUUUAACUAGAACUCAACCCUGCUCUGAGCGGGACUCGAACUCGCAAUAGGUCCGGCGUGGGAUUCAGGCGCUCUAACAAGGAUGCUCACUCACUAGAUGUCCUACAUAUUAUACAAUUUUCAAAAAGACCAUGAGCUUACGUUUAGGACAGAAGUGGACAACAUACACUGCUGUGUAAAAAAUAUUCUCGAUACUGGCUCAUCCCGGAAAGUCACAGGUUCAAAUCCCGGGGAAUACACGUACAGAUAAAUGUUAUGA